CUGAAGUCACAAGUGUCGGUUCGGUACUCGGUGAGGAUCUGUGUGUCGAACCGGGAUGUACAGGUACAGAGCUGUGUUCUAACCGGGACUCUCCUCGGCUGACUAGAGCCAUGGCCAGGACCAGAACCAGCUGACGACCCACUGAUCCAGAACACCGGCUCCGUCUGGACGCGUCCGUCCUUUAACUCGUGUUUUAGUCCCGGGACUACUUCGCCUCUUCCUCUCGUCCCGACCUGAGCCGCUCCGUCCGCCUCCCCGCCAUGAGGAGCACAUGACCGGAGGGACGUAGAAGUUCUCCUCGGACCAACACCUGCCCCCCGCCGCCGAGGCUCCGCGCUCCCCCCAGCCCGCCGGCAUGACCCUCGGAACAGUGUCCGGCUCCGGCGGCUCGUCGGCGGUCAGCUUCUGCUCGUGCUGCGGGGCCAAGAUGGUUCCCGACUUCAGCCACGACACCGUGGAGUCCCGGAACCAGAUCAACCAGCUUAUCAGUGAGAGUUUCCUCACAGUGAAAGGUGCAGCCCUGUUCCUCCCGAGAGGCAGCAGCCCCACACCGAACGCUGCCCCUCGCAUCAGCCAGCGCAGGAACAAGCACACAGGUGACCUCCAGAAACACCUCCAGACCAUGUUCACUGUGCUGCGACCAGAGGACACCAUCCGGCUGGCUGUGCGUCUGGAGAGUGCAUACCCUCAGGUGACCCGCUACAUGGUGGUGGUCUCCACCAAUGGCAGGCAGGACACGGAGGAGAGCAUCGUCCUCGGCAUGGACUUCGUGUCCUCUGACAGCUGCUGCACGGUGGGCCUGGUUCUACCUCUGUGGAGUGACACUCUGAUCCACUUGGAUGGAGACGGUGGCUUUAGUGUGUCCACGGUGAGCAGGGUCCAUGUCUUCAAGCCGGUGUCGGUCCAGGCCAUGUGGUCGGCCCUCCAGUCGCUGCACAAAGCCUGUGAGGUGGCUCGCUGCCACAACUACUACCCCGGCAGCCUGUUCCUGACCUGGGUCAGCUACUACCAGAGCAGGGUCUCAUCCAACCAGUUCUGCAUCAACGAAUGGAACGCCAUGCAGGAUGUGGAGUCACACCGUGCCAACUCACCCGUCCUCUUCACAGACCUGCCGACGGAGAGGGAGCGCACAGAGAGGCUGAUCAAGAUGCGCCUCAGAGAGAUCAUGAUGCAGAAAGACCUGGAGAACGUCACCUGCAAGGAGAUCCGAACGGAGCUGGAGAUGCAGAUGGUGUGUAACCUGAGGGAGUUUAAAGAGUUCAUAGACAACGAGAUGAUUGUCAUCCUGGGCCAGAUGGACAGCCCCACGGAAAUCUUUGAACAUGUCUACCUGGGCUCUGAGUGGAACGCCUCCAACCUGGAGGAGCUGCAGAACAGUGGAGUGCGCUACAUCCUGAAUGUGACCAGGGAGAUAGACAACUUCUUCCCAGGGAUGUUUGAAUACCACAACAUCAGAGUGUACGACGAGGAGGCCACCAAUCUGCUGGAGUACUGGAACGAGACCUACAAGUUCAUCACCAAAGCCAAGAAAGCUGGUGCCAAGUGUCUGGUCCACUGUAAGAUGGGCGUGAGCCGCUCUGCCUCCACGGUGAUCGCCUACGCCAUGAAGGAGUACGGCUGGGACCUGGACACUGCCUUCGACUAUGUGAAAGAGAGACGGACCGUCACCAAACCAAACCCCUCCUUCAUGAAACAGCUGGAGGAGUAUCAGGGAAUUCUGCUGGCAAGCAAACAGAGGCAUAAUAAGCUGUGGCGCUCCCACUCUGACAGCGACCUGUCAGAGCGGCCGGAGCUGCUGUGUAAACCGUCGUCUCACUCGUUGGGCCGCUCCGACUCCCACAACAACAACACCUCCUCCCCCUCCUUACACCACUUCCUGGGCGUGGCAGUACUGCAGGCGCUGGGUGCUGGACCUGAGGACUCUGCCAGAUCCACCGGCACACACACCUCUGACUGUGACGCCCUGUCCAACGGAGUGUCACCGUCGGCGGUUCAGGAGGUCCGGUUCCCCCUCCCCAGACCCCGGGCGGCCACCGUCAUCCCAGAGGAAAGGCUGGACAGUUCAGCGAGUGUUGCUGUCACAGUGCCUGUGGCACUGCCACACCCCCCACCGUCACUCCACAUCCUACCGCCCACCCCGGAGCUCCAGCGCGCUCACCGAGGCUCACAUUCAUCUGCUCCAGCAGCCAGAUGCAAACGAGUGCAGCUGUCCCUCAGUUUACCUGAGAGAAGCAGCUCAGAAGAAACCUCUCCUCUCACUCUGGGAUCCAGCGACUCAGACAUGAUGAACCAGUCGUUAUCAGAUUCACCAGCUGACAAGCCCGACCCCCCGCCCCUGGUCCUGCCCCUGGUUCCCAGCGACCACAACAACAACCCCAGUGAGCUACACACUGGCAGUGCCUUCGACAGCCGCGGCGAGGCCGACGGCUGGUCCAACCACAGCACCGACAGCAUCGACUUCUUCAGCGCCAGGGAAAAGUUUCUGGGCCUGGCCCAAGACGGCCGCACUCGAACGCUUUCGGAGCAACGGACUCCUGCAUCGACGGACGGAGAGACGGAGGCCAAUGAUGACGAGGAGGAGCAGGGACAUGGGCCGAGUCAGCCGUCUCCGCCGUCUGAAGCCAGCCCCGACCGAACCCACCAUGCUAACCAUGACAACGGAGUAUCGGUCCGCCAUAUUGUCACUGAGAUCGAAGCCAUCUGCCACCCCGCCUCCUCUCUGUCCACUCCAUCCUCCUCCUCCUCGCUCCCUCCGUCCUCUCUCAGCCGACUGGAACAUCCGGAGGAGGCAGAGUCUUGUGAAGCCACUCACGCCUCUGUAACUCCACCUUCGCAGCCUUCGUCUCCCUCCAUGCUGCCCUGCGACUGGCCGGCCGGCUCCGUGCGGCGGGCCACCGAGCAGCUGGAGCAGAAGCUGAAGCAGGAGCUGGAACUGGCAGCAUCUCAGCGAUCUCCGCUGCAUUCCCCCAGCAGCGAGCAAGCUCCUGUCAGGCUGCCUCUGGGCUCCCCGACCGCUGAACUUCCUCCCCUUCACUCCCCUCAACACUCCUCAGAACAAAGAAUCACUCAGGGAGAGAACAUGGCUGUUCCCACUAAACCCAAAGACGGAGAGAAGCUCACAGGGUCACACUCAGAGCUGCAAAGACUCGACAACCUCCCAGACCCUUCACGCUCCCCUCCCCCCAACAUCAGCCAAGUCUCUGGUGCUAUACCUGUCACUGUGCACACACCUGUAGAUAGCCAUAUGGUGACGUCAUCACUGGCCUCUGCUAGUCAGCUAGUAGAGCCAUCCCCAGAUACCUCAGCCCGGUCCCAAACACAGGGCCGGCUCCACAGCCAGAACCAGCAGCCCCAGGCCCGUUCCGACCCAGUGCUCCUCGAUGGGGUGACCGUGCAGGAGUCGGACACAGAUGAAGGCCAGCGCUCCGGGUCCCAGGGAGGACACUCGGGCUGCAGCCCCGGCUGUGACGCCCAGAGCAGGCUGGCCCGAGGCUGCCAGGAGCUGGAGCGGAUUCAGCAGACGCUCAGAGAGCUGCAGGCUUUCCUCCACGAGGGCGUCGGCCUGGAGACGGCAGACAGACCAGGACAAGAACUGGGGCAGCCUCAGGGCCUGAGAGACGCUAUGGACACAGAGCCAGGACAUCUUAAAGGGGCCAGUUCUGAGCAGACCCCUGCGGGCCUGGAAGUAGGGCAGCGGCUCAGAGAGAGGCAGGAGGGGAGGAGCUGUGUGCAGCCGCCAGGGUGGCUCCGAGCCAUGGAGCUGGAGGCUCGCAUUCGCCAGGCAGGCCUCACCCCUCCCUCUCUCAUGAAGAGGUCGGCCUCCCUGGCUAAACUGGACUGUCUGGAGCUGUCCGCCACUGACCUCAGCGACCUGGACCUGAGGCCGACCAGCAGGACCACGUCCUCGCGCUCCCAGGACUCCUCCCCCCCGGCCCAGUCCCACCCGGACGACACCUGGAAGAAGCAGAAAGUGCUGAGUCAGAACUGUUGUGUUGAAAAGACGUGUGAUGACUCAUCAUCUCCUCCGUCCCUCAGCCCCUCCUUCUCCUCCUCCACCUCCCUUCAUGGCUGCCCGAAGGAGGACGCGGGUGAGAGGGAGGAGCCAGACGGCAGCGUGGCGUCUUUGGCCCGACAGCCGGGGAGGGGACACUCGUCGAGACGCUCUCGGAAAGCUGAGAAAAAGCAGCGAGCCGUCACUGUGCUAUACAAUACCAUGUAACCUCAGUGCAAUGGACUGGAACGGACACGACUGGAGCUGUGCACGUGUGAGAGGCUGCAUGAUGUGUGUGAAUGUGUAGCCGCGGGGAGACGUCCGUGUACGUGUAGUGUGUAAGACGUGAAUGAUGACCGUGUUGCAUGUAAAUCACUGGAUGUGUUUGUCUCAACUGGAGUUCAGGUUUAUCUGUACAGUGAUGUUAUAUGAAUGUCCAAACAGACUGAAGCGGUGCGUCUGCACUCCAUAUGACUGUGUCCCUGUGUUUUCAGUGUGACCCUCGCUGCCUGUUGCAGUUUGUGAAACUACAACCAGAGGGGCUUUUUCUCAAAACAUGCACUUUACUGUUUCGGUUUUCUUUUGUUGAUCUGUUUCUUACCCGGGGAGUAUUCUUUUGCACUGUUCUCAGUAGACUUGUCUCUGUUUUUGUUUUCAAAGUGCACAGACAUGUCUUUAUUCAGAUUUUUAAUUAAACCAGGACAAAGCUGAAAUGUUGUUGUAUUUUUUAUUAAUUGCUUUAGCAGUAAAUAAAUAUGGUGAGUUUGUUUUGACUGCA